AUGGAAACUACCAACCACCAUUACAAAGGACAACAAAACAGUGACAUAAUCUUUGUCCAUGGUCUGAAUGAUUAUGGAGAAAAUUGGAAAUCAUUGAUUGAAGCAACUUAUUUGGUUAUUAAUCAUUUUCGUGAACAAAAUUUAGCGGAGAGCAUUAAUGAUGAGACAUUUGAUUCGUUUGUGGUGAUGGCUCCUUUAAUUUAUGUGCAUGAUAGGCCUAGUAAACUAAUUGAAAAUAUAGCAAAAAUUCUUGUUAAAACAUCUUUUGGACGUCUAUCAUUUGCCAAAGCCCGCUUUGGUAAAAGUAGUAAU